AUGUGGCGUAUCCCAAUAGACACCCCCCAAGUCGCAGUCCCUAAUGGACUCAAGCUUGCCGAAGUGACAGUUGACACUCCAUUAGAUGAAGUUUUUAAGCACUGGAAAGAAAGUGGCGGCGUCAUUUUAAAGAAUAUCCUUACUGUCGCGGAAGCGAACCAGAUAACAACAGAACUUGAGUCGCGCCUUAACUCGGUCCAACGAGGCUCAUUAGUCCCGCAUGCUGAUCUCGCUGCCUUCCAUGGCACCAAAACCAAGCGUGCAGGAGAUAUCAUCAAUCACAGCGCCACUUUUCGGGAGAAAAUUCUUGAGAAUGACUUUAUACACUCCAUUUGCAAGAGGUGCUUUAGUGAGGGUGGGCAUAAUGGAGACUACUGGCUCUCGGCAGCCACAACGCUGAAUGCGUCAGGACCCCAGCCGGCACAAGUCUUACAUCGGGAUCUGACAUCCUAUCCGCCGUACGCCCAACUUGGACCCGAGGGCACAGAACCCCAGAUCAACUUUCUCUUCGCCUUUUCCGAUUUCACGGCUGAUAAUGGCGCGACACGUCUCAUCCCAGGUAGUAAUAAAUGGCCAUUUGAUCAGCGUGGAAAUAUGGAGCAAACUAUUCCAGCCGAGAUGAAAACAGGAGAUUGUCUACUCAUAGGUGGGAAAGUGAUACAUGCCAUGGGCGAGAAUAAAACCGAGACGGAAAGGAAAUGCACACAGCUUACAGUCAUCCCGAGUUUCUUGACUCCAGCUGAAGCACAUCCAUUCAUAAUCAAGCUGGAGACGGUGCAGAAGUUGUCAAAGCGUGCACAACGGUUCGUGGGAUUUCGGUCUCAAUAUCCUCGGGGAUCUCCUGGAUUGUGGACCAAAGAUUACAUCGAAUUGGCAUUGCAUCUAGGUUUGGAUGACCUACAGGGUGCUAUGGAGGAUUUGCAGGAUGUCAUUAACCAGCCUAAACACUGGGACACAAUGGAUUAUCAAAAGACUGGAUAG